AUAAAAAUUAUUGUCUUGACAUUUGGAUACUUACGCAGAGCCUUACAUCAAAAAGGAAAAUCUCAGUUCUUCGAUGUCUCCGAAGCUUUCUUAAAAAGUUUCGAAUUUACUCCGAAACCCAUCUCUCCAAUUCCAAGAUUUUCAUCAAAGACUCUCGCUUUCUUGAUUUUUGUUUUUUAAUUUUGAGAUAUAAUGGAGUCUACCAUGAAAUUAUCGUCUUCAAUAAUAUUUCCAAUAAAUUCAACUCCAAAAUUGAAUAAUUGUAACAAAAUUUCUUAUGGUUUUGGAUCCAAUGGAAGGAACAAUAAAAUCUGCGCCGUUUGUUCCAAUGGCUCUAUAUCUGCCUCUGCUUCGCACGGGGCUGAGUCAAGGGUAGUGGGAGAUGCACACAGACGAAUAAGCAGUCUGGAAUCUCUAUUUUGUUAUGAUAAGCCUAUCCCAGAGGAACGAAUUGAAGAACCAGUUGGGGUAUCUUUGGCUGAAAAAAUAGUUGGAGAUAAUCCCCGUUGCACUGAUUGUGAGGCCAAAGGUGCCGUCCUUUGUACCACUUGCUCUGGUUCUGGAUUAUAUGUGGAUUCAGUAUUGGAGAGCCAGGGUAUCAUUGUCAAAGUCCGCUGCCUAGGUUGUGGAGGAACUGGCAAUAUUAUGUGCUCAGAAUGCGGUGGCCGUGGUCACCUAGGAUCCAAAUAACUUGUGGUUGGCCCCACUAUCUUGGAAAAUUUGUGGUAGCC